AUGUCAUCCCCUACCAAUCCAUAUGCACCAAGGGUCGGGUGCCCAAUGUGCAGCAUAGUCACUGCAACACCCAAUCCCACUCCGUUGUCCUCGCCCCAUGCUUCCACUUUCCCCAAUGGCUCAUCGCCCACAACUAGUCCAGCUCACCAGAUCAUAUGGAAGGACGAAAACGUCACCGCCUAUGUUGAGAAAAACAACCCAGUGUCUAGCAAAGGACAUAUCAUUAUCCUUCUCAACUUCCAUGUCCCGUCUAUUUACGCUCUAUCAUCUACCGAUCUGCCGCUAUUGGUACACAUCCAGCGUCUGGCCACCCGGCUCCUAACUCAGCUUCACCCUUCGUCGGUCGCCAGCUCAUUCACACCCAAUGAGAACGCCAACCCGCCACCUUCACCUGGUCCGAACGCAGCCCCCAAUCUGCCUCUCACACCUACGUCACCGUUUCGUGUCGGCUUCAUCACUCCGCCGUUCCGGGACAGUAAGAUCCCAGUCACAGAUCACCUGCACGUUCAUGCCUACAUUGGCACUACCGAUCUCGCAGGAUGGUGGCGCGCUAUGGCCUACAGCUCUGUCGGCUGGUACAGUAUUGAGGAUUUGAUUGCUGAAAUCCGUGAACAAACUUCAAACAACCGGGUCCGUUCAACAAAUCCUGAGCGCAAGAACUCACGGCCUAUUGACCGAGUCCCAGACGCGGGAGCGCGCGCCGGUCUGCCCGACGGCCGGGAACUAAAUGACCUCCCCCUGGCAGCUGAUGGACUCGGUGCUGCGGGUGACCGCGGCUCUCGAUCCCCGAGCCGAAGCAGUAGCAUGGACAACCAACCGGGCCCUUCAAGGCGUGACAGCCACAUCCCCUUGAUGCGAGUGACAACCCCGGAUAUUGUUGUCGAGAACGCAGACGAGGGUCCCGUCCGCCGCCGUAGCGAGCCCAAAGGGAGCCCUACUACCUCGAGUAUUCCUCUCAUGCGAACUCCCAGCUCUGGCUCGUCUCCGUCUCCAUCCCCGGCUGCCAUAGCUGUUUGA